AUGGAGGCUAUACCGUCGCCCACCUCGCCUUCCAGUGCUGCCGACUCGACUGCCACGGCUGGAACCACUGGUCGUGCCACUCCCGAGCCAGGUUCUGCGUCGCGGAAGAGCCACCAGACAAGCAAUCCGUAUGCUUGUCGCGACUGUGGGCGAACCUACUCAAGGCCAGAGCACCUUGUCAGACACGUCCAGACUCACACCCUGGGCCGCCGCUUUGCCUGCGAAAUCUGUAAGAAGUCGUUUGCGCGGAAGGACUUGCUGAGGCGCCAUGUCGCCAACCACGAGAACGACUCCCCCAAGAAGCGUCAACGGCUGCUUUCGUCGCCAAACUCCAGCCGUGUGACUCAGGCCUGCCGUGCCUGCGCCGCUGCUCGCGUGAAAUGCGACGAGUCGAAGCCGUGUAGGCGCUGCGUCAGCCGGAACCUGCCAUGUUCUUCGUACGAAGCGAGCACCUCCGGGUCCCUUGUUCAUCUUCCAGCCAGCGGACCGGACGCCGCCGACGCCCGUCCAAGCGGCGAGUGGUUCACAGCAUCCACAGACUCCAAGCCUGCGUCUCAUAGUUCAGUUCCCAGUGCGUCUGCAAACUUUCGAACCCCCUAUUUAGGUAGUACUACAGCAAGCACUCAUGGCCCUGCUCAACCGAAUGAUGCUUCUUCUAAAGCUGCCUCCGGCCUUAUGGAGUUGAGCAACACUCCAUUCUUUGACUUUUUGCGUGAUGUCCUCUACCAGCAGCCGGUGGAUCUGUCACGUACUCACGAGUCUCAGGGUCCCGCCGUGCUGGAUUUCUGCGAUGACAUGGACAUGGAUUUGACGGACAUGGACUUUGGCCUCUUAGAUCACUGGAACCUGGAUCUGAACGACGGCAGUGCCAUGGUGACCCCGGCCAUGGCGAGCCAGACGACCCAAAACUCGACGGAAAUGUCUCAGAUGCGGCAGAAUCUUGCCAACGUCUGGGGGGAACUGCCCUGGAAGUGGGAGCCCACCAACAAGGACAACGCCUACACUGAGCAAGGCAACCUUCCCAUUUCCUCCAAGGACAUCUCCAACGCUCAGUUUCAGGAGACGAAGAGACAGCUGGAGCGCGUGGUGGACCAGAAGCUCAACCUUUCCAGCCGCGACCAGAUCUUGGCCAUUGUGCUCAAGACGUGCCGCGAUGCCUCCACGGCCAGCCGAGUGGCCGCCUCCUUUCCGACGGUAGACGUGAUGGACACCAUGGCCCAGGCCUUUCUAGCGGCUCAUGUCCGCCAGGUGUCGACAUGGAUACACUACCCUACCCUCAAGCUGAACGCGGUGUGGCCCGAAUGGAUCGGGAAUGCCGUGGCUGCCGGUGCCGUCUUGAUGCCGGCUCCGACUUUGCGCAAGUUUGGAUUUGCCGUCCAAGAGGCAGUUCGAAUCACAAUACCUUCGCGGUUUGAAGAUAACAAUACCGCCAUUCAAAACCUCAGUCUUGUCCAGUCCCUCAUUCUAGGUCAAGAUAUUGGCCUGUGGAGUGGCAAUCGCAGGAAGAUGGAAAUUGCCGAGUGUCAUUUGGUCAUUCCGGUCACGAUGAUGAGAUAUCGUCGAAUGUUUCAGCGAUGCAUGUACCCUGCCAUCACAGUGAGUGCGUCCGACGAGGGAGACGUUUUGGAGCAGAAGUGGUUGAAGUGGGCGGCCGCAGAGCAAUGGAAGAGACUCGUCUUCCACUGUUACAUCCGCGAGGCGCAAUUGUCCAUGACGGCAUUGACGAAUCCUUGCAUGUCGUACUCGGAGCUGACGCUCCCUCUGCCGGAACGAAAGGCCCUGUGGUGUGCAAAGUCGGCUUCCGAGUGGAAAGCUGUGUAUCUGGCCGGAGCUGCGGGACAGAACACGAAGAUACCCUCACUCGCUGAAAUGUACAGGGACGCACGCCGAUUCGUUGAGAACAGUACACGCAUCGACAUGCAACUGUCCGUCUCCGUAUACCUCCAUGGCUUCUGGUCAAUGAUUUGGGAGUACUCUCAACUGAGCGUGGUGCACCAGUUCCGCAGCUACUCCAAGGAAGGGUCCAACGCGUUGCUCAGCUCACGGCGCGAGGAGCUCACGAGAGAGCUGCAGGCCUUUCAAUUUGUCGCAUCAGAGCUGGAAGGCAUCUCCCCUCAAGAGCAAGUCAUCUUGUAUCUGCUCAUGAUGCACCUCCACGUGUCCCUGGAUGACCUGCAAAUCUUCUCGGGCAAGCAGGGAGAGGAAGAGGCCCGCCGCAUGUAUCCCAUUUUGCAGCAGUGGACGGCCAGCCCCGACUCGUGGUACGCCGUUUGGUGCGCGGGACAGGUUCUGCGAUAUGCCAAGCUCUUUUCCCCGGGCACCCUGAAGGAUUUCUACGCGAUUGCGGUCCAUCAUGCCGCGCUCGCGCUGUGGACCUACGGCGUUGUGUCACGGGCCAGCCAACAGCAGGACAUGCCAUCGCAGUACGAUUACGACGCCAUGUAUCUAGACGACGGCGGCGAUGCCACUUCUCUCCGGCAGUUUCUGAGUUUCGGUCAGGGAAGGCCGUUUAUACAGGGGCUGGCAGGGUCAAGCUCUGGGGCUGCGCCGGGCGACGCGUCCGUUUACGAUCCUCGUGCUUGCAUGGACAUUGCGCAGGAGAUUUUGCAGGCUAACUUUAGGAGGCCGCAGGAUGCGUUGCCGCCUCUUGUCGAGAAUCUUUGCCAGCUGAUUAAACAGCUUGGAAACGCAGCCUGGGCGGUUGGUCUGGGUAAUAGCAGGGUAUUGACGACGGCCAUGGCGGUGACGGUCACCACGACGGCCGUGGCCACGGCGACGCUGCUCCUGCUUGUCCGGUCGGCGCUGUGGCCGCGCUGGGGCAAGGUGCUGCCGAACCCGCUCAAGACGGCGGACAAGGUCAAGGUCGAAGGGCUGGUCUAUCGGCCGGAUGCGUUUCCGGGGGCGAGGGAUGUUGAGACGCCGUACGGCUCGAUCCGCGUCUACGAAUUCGGUCCCGAAGAUGGCGAAAAGGUCCUGCUCGUCCAUGGCAUCAGCACGCCCUGCAUCACCCUCUCCCACAUCGCCCACGGCCUCGUCGCCCGAGGAUGCCGUGUAAUGCUCUUUGACCUCUUUGGCCGAGGCUUCUCAGACGGCGUCGGCGACCUCGCCCACGACGAGCGCCUCUACACCACCCAGAUCCUCCUCGUCCUGGCCUCGAGCCCCCUCCCCUGGACCGGCACCAACGCCAUCCGCCUCGUCGGCUACUCUCUCGGCGGCGGCAUCGCGGUGCACUUCGCCACUGCCUUCCCCCACCUCGUCUCGUCCCUCGUCCUGCUCGCUCCCGCGGGCCUCAUCAACCCUGAGGAUUUUGGCGCCGUCUCCCUCUUCGUCUUCAAGUCGGGCUUCGUGCCGGAGCGCAUCCUCGCAUACCUGACCCGCCUGCGUCUCCAGAAACCCAUUGCAGCAGCACGCAAGCCCAAGGAACCACCGUCCUCCUCUUCGCCAACCUCUGCCGUCGCCGACAUUGCCAUCCCAGAAGCCACCAGCACUGCAGAACAGAACACCAGCAGCAGCAGCAGCAGCAGCACAGACGGCACCGCCACGAGAAUCCCCCUCGAGCAGCACGUGCUCAUGUACGUCCGCUGGAUGGUCCUCAACCACCCUGGCUUCGUCCCCUCCUUCAUGUCGUGCAUCCGCCACGCGCCGUUGACGCACCAGCAUGAGAGCUGGCAGCUCCUUGCGCGCAGAAAGGCCGGCACGACGAUUGUCUUGUUGGCGCGGGAUGAUGAGCUUAUUGACGUGGGCGAUUACGAGCGCGAGGCUCUUCCGCUCGUGGGCGGGAAAGAGAAUGUCGUGUGGAAGGUUCUUCCUGGGGCGCAUGAUUUUGUCAUGACGCAUACGGAGCACAUUUUGAGGGAGCUUGAUGAGUUGUGGAAGAUGUGA